AUGAAGAACGACUACACCGGCAACGACUUCGGGGCUACUGCUACUACUUGCAGUUUCCUGGUUACAGCGUCAACGGCGACGCCGGCUCCUACAUCCCUCCUGCCAAAACCUACCAGCCAGCCCCGACUUACGCAAAAUAGAGUUGGAAUUCCUGGUUAUGGUAUGCUGUGGGCGGGGCCUCAGGGCACUCCGCCACCUUAUAAACGGAGUGGCCACCACAGUUCCUUACUUGUCUCCAGCCAUCACAGCUUCACAAUGGCUUGCAAGGUUCUUGUAGUGGCCGCUCUUGUGGUCGUCACCCUUGCCCGAGCUGAAAGACUCCCUUCAUAUGGUGACACAACUACCACCUACAGUGCACCUGUCCUCGGCUAUCUUCCUCCUGGGCUUGCCCCCACCUACAAUGCCCUUGUAGCUACUCCCACAUAUGAAACCUAUAAACCUGCCCCCAAUUACAAUACCCAUGACCCUGCUCUCACGUACAAUGCCCCUAAACCUGCUACCUUUUACAAUGCCCCUAAGCCUGCUACCACUUACAAUGCUAAGAAACGUACCGCCUACAAUGCCCCUAAACCUGCCCUCACUUACAAUGCCCCUAAACCUGCUACCACUUACAAUGCCCCUCAUCUUGCCCUCACUUAUAAUGCCCCUGAUCCUGACCCCACUUACAAUGCCCCUCAUCUUGCCCUCACUUAUAAUGCCCCUAAACCUGCUACCACUUACAAUGCUCCUACACCUACCACCUACAAUGCCUCUAAUCCUGCCACCACUUACAAUGCUCCUAAUCCUGCCCUCACUUACAAUGCCUCUAAACCUGCCACCACUUACAAUGCCCCUAAACCUGCCACCACUUACAAUGCCCCUAAACCUGCCACCACUUACAAUGCCCCUAAACCUGCUACCACUUACAAUACCCCUGAUCCUGCCCUCACUUACAAUGUCCCUGAUCCUGCCACCACUUACAAUGCUCCUAAACCUACCACCUACAAUGCCCCUACACCUGUUACCACUUACGAUGUCCCUAAACCUGCCACCACUUACAAUGCUCCUAAACCUACCACCUACAAUGCCCCUACACCUGCCACCACCUACAAUGCCCCUACACCUGUUACCACUUACAAUGUCCCUAAACCUGCCACCACUUACAAUGCUCCUAAACCUGCCACCAUUUACAGUGCCCCAUCGCCAGACCCCACCUACAGUGCCCCAUCUCCAGACCCCACCUACAGUGCUCCAUCCCCAGACCCCACCUACAGUGCCCCAUCGACAGACCCCACCUACAGUGCUCCAUCGCCAUCUACCACCUACAAUGCCCCAUCCCCAGACCCCACCUACAGUGCCCCAUCCAUCUACCACCUACAGUCUCCAGACCCCCAGACCCCACCUACAGUGCCCCAUCGCCAGACCCCACCUACAGUGCCCCAUCUCCAGACCCCACCUACAGUGCUCCAUCCCCAGACCCCAUCUACAGUGCCCCAUCGCCAGACCCCACCUACAGGCCCCAUCUCCAUCUACCACCUACAGAGCCCUGUCUUCAGACCCCACCUACAGUGCCCCAUCUACCGACCCCACCUACAGUGCCCCAUCUACCCCCACCCAGCCCCAUCUCCAGACCCCACCUACAGUGCCCCAUCUACAGACCCCACCUACAGUGCCCCAUCUCCAGACCCCACCUACAGUGCUCCAUCCUCAGACCCCACCUACAGUGCCCCAUCGCCAGACCCCACCUACAGUGCCCCAUCUCCAGACCCCACCACAGUGCUCCAUCCCAGACCCCAUCUACAGUGCCCCAUCGCCAGACCCCACAGUGCCCCAUCUCCAUCUACCACCUACAGAGCCCUGUCUUCAGACCCCACUUACAGUGCCCCAUCUACUGACCCCACCUACAGUGCCCCAUCUCCAGACCCCACCUACAGUGCCCCAUCCCCAGACCCCACCCACAGUGCCCCAUCCCCAGACCCCACCUACAGUGCCCCAUCUCCAGACCCACCUACAGAUCCCCAGACCCACCUACAGUGUCCCAUCCCCAGACCCCACCUACAGUGCUCCAGACCCCACCUACAGUGCCCCAUCCCAGACCCCACCUACAGUGCCCCAUCCCCAGACCCCACCUACAGAGCCCUGUCUCCAGACCCCACCUACAGUGCCCCAUCUCCAGACCCCACCUACAGUGCCCCAUCCCAGACCCCACCUACAGUGCCCCAUCCCAGAUGCCCCAUCUCCAGACCCCACCUACAGUGCCCCAUCCCCAGACCCCACCCACAGUGUCCCAUCCCCAGACCCCACCUACAGUGCUCCAUCCCCAGACCCCACCUGGCCCCAUCUCCAGACCCCACCUACAGUGCCCCAUCGCCAGACCCACCUACAGUGCCCCAUCGCCAGUGA